CAAAACAAAAAUGGCGUACUGGUUUCAUCGAAAUCCUUUGAAGGCUACUGCUGUGGUCAGUUUUGAAUUACAUGGAGUGACAACAAGUGAACCAACACGUAAAAUAUUUAGUGAUUUAAGACAGACGAGAACUGCCUUAUUACAACUACUAACUGAUCCCAAUCAUUCUCGAGAUGUUAUUGAUAAAGCUACUAAAGACUAUUUCUCUCUUCUCCUCGGUCUGAUAUCUCCUAUUGAUCCUCAAGAACAGGAGAAUAAACUACAGAAAAUUGUCAAGUUUAAAUGGACUAACAGUCUGAUGGGUAAUGCUGCAAUACAACAACAAGAUGCUGCAUUUGAAUAUGCUCACAUGGCCAUUAAUGUUGCAUUAUGGUAUACAAAACAUUCCGCUAAAUUAGCGGCUAAGGAAGAACCUGAUAUGGAAGAAGCUAAAGAAGUACAUAAAUGUCUGAGACUAGCUGCUGGUAUUUUUACUAAUGUUAAGAAUGAUAUAAUUGGUAAACUGAGUGAAAAUAAUGAAAAUGGUGUAGAUACAGAUUCCAGGGUGUUAGAUGCUUAUAUUUAUCAAUCUACAGCUGAAGCACAAGAAGUGACGCUAGCCAGAGCAGUAGAGAUGAAACACUCAUCUAGUUUAAUUGCUGCUUUAUCUUUUGAAACCAGUCAAAUGUAUCAAUCUGCAGAUGAUACUUUAUCCAGUCUAGAAGUGGCCCUAGUUGGAAAAUGGAGGAAGUAUUUUCAACUCAAACAAUCUUUUUAUUUAUCUUAUGCUCACAGUUAUCAUGGAGAAACAUUACUAGCUCAAGAUAAAUGUGGUGAGGCUAUCAGAGGAUUAAGGGAGAGUGUGCAAUUAUAUGAGAAAUCAUCGUUACUAUGUAAAGAAUAUGCUACUUGUAAAGGAGCAGGUACAACAGCUAGACCACAGGAUCAUAUAUUCUUUAGAAAACUUGGUCCGUUAGUUCGCAGGACGUUAGAGAAAUGUGAGAGAGAAAAUGGUAUGAUCUAUCAUCAGAAAGUUGCGUUCGAUCCACCACAGUUGGAAUUAAAAGCUACGUAUGGUUUAGUUAGUCCUGAAGACUAUGCAGCCCCAGCGUUACAUUCCUUGUGGACUUUAGAUGUUUAUAAACAGUUUAACCCAACCAUGGCACCCAAACCAGAACCUAAAGUAAGUUUUUAA